GAGAAGACGUCGUACGUCUGGAAGUUGCGUCUCUUCCUCUUCAACAUCAGUUGCUGCGCCGUCGCUGCCUACUUCUUCAGACGUCACAACAAGUUCUGCGAGGCGGGAGUGUACACGGUGUUCGCCGCCUUCGAGUACCUGGUGGUCUUCUCCAACAUGGCCUUCCACAUGACGGCCUUCUGGGACUUCGGCAACACAGAGGUGAUGGUGUCUACGCUGCCCGAGGACAAGUGGUAUUGAGCCCGGACCAGACCGGGCCAGAUGCCCACAGAACCAGACUGGGACCAAAUGGACUGGUCAAUUUUUUAAACACGUUUUAUAUAGAACUAUUUGAACCGGGUCCAGAACCAGUUCUGCUGCAAACGUACAUGCAACAAGAAGACAAAUGAAAAUA